AUGCCUCCCCAACACAAUGUCAAGCACAUCAAAAUCGCCAUCGUCGGGGCCGGGUCUGUCGGCGUCACAACAGCCUACGCCCUGCUACUCAACGGCCUGGCCGCCGAGAUUGUCCUCAUUGACAUCGACAAGAACCGCGCGCUCGGCGAGGUCAUGGACCUGAGCCAUGCGGCGCACUUUGCGCAGGCCCGGGUGCGCGCAGGCGAGUACGAGGACUGCGCCGGCUCCGCUGCCGUCAUCAUCACGGCGGGCGUCAACCAGAAGCCAGGCCAGACGCGCCUCGACCUGGUCAAGACCAACUACGCGCUCUUCCAAGACGUGGUGCCCAAGAUUGCGCAACACGCGCCCGACACGAUCUUGGUGGUGGCGACAAAUCCUGUGGAUGUGCUAACCCACGCGGCGCACCAGCUGUCUGGGUUCCCCGUCGAGAGGGUCCUGGGGUCGGGCACGGCCAUGGACACCACACGAUUCAGACACGAGCUGGGCAAGUACUUUGGCGUCAACCCACGUAACGUGCACGCCGUGAUUGUAGGCGAGCACGGCGACAGUCAGUUGGCUGUAUGGUCGCUUGCGACCAUCUCGGGUAUGCGGCUCAAGGACUAUUGUCAGCAAAAAGGCGUCGAGUUCAGCGAGGCGGCUAUGGAAGAGUGCUCGAAACGGACCAAGGAGGCAGCGUACGAGAUCAUCCGGCGCAAGGGCAAGACCAAUUAUGGCGUGGCGUCGGUGCUCGUCAGCAUCCUCGAGCCCAUAAUCACCGACGCCGAUGCCAUCAUGACGGUGUCGAGGGUAGGAACAUACGGCGGAGUCGAGGACGUCGCACUCAGCAUGCCGUGCAAGUUGAACCGUCACGGGGCACAUCAGGAUGUACCCCUCCUUCUGAGCAAGUCAGAGCAGGAGGCGUUGAGGCAGUCGGCGCUCAGCAUCAAGGAGGUCCUGUCAUCACUAACCGCCUCUUAG